AAAAUAAAGAUCCUAUUUACGUAAAAUAUAGCUUCAGUGAUUGACGUUCAAUGUUGUUCUAAAUAAUUUUACAAUAGAAGACAUUUAUAAUAAGACAUAUAAUGCAUAGCUUUUUAUUUAUUUUUGUAUUAAAUAAAAUAAAUGCAUAAAAUGCCUGAACUCAUCAGAAUACUAUUGCCUGUGCUGCCAAAUGACAAUAAAGAUUUUUUUUAUAAGGGAUACAUUGAUAACAGUGAUCAUAAUUGUGUAACGAUAUUUAUUACUGCAUAUGCUAACAGUCCAAAAAUAUUUAAAACUAAACCCCUAAAGGAGAAUAUUAUUUAUGGAUGCAGCUCUGACAAUGUUUUUGAUAAAAAACACAUGAAAAUUGAAAAUUGGUUGAUAACAAACAGAAAUGAAUAUCCCCAAAUCAACAGUUUAAUUAUCAAUGGUAAACCAAAGACUGAUGCAGAUUGUAUAUUAAUGUUAUAUGAUUAUAAUAAAGUUCGAAAUUCAGAAACAAUAAGUAACAGAGAUGACUACUUUUCAACAUUACAAGGUUUGAUCCAUAAAGAUGCUGGUAACCAUUGUAACAAAGUCUGCGAAUCUUCUUUUAAAAAUAAUAAUUGGUUCACUUCAUCCAUGCUUGUCCAACAUGUUUAUAAUUACAUUUACUUACUUAAAUGGCUUUGGAAAUCAGUGAGGAAUAAGAAAAGAGUUUCAAUAAAACAGGGAAAUUUAUUAUUGGCUAUAUUGGUUGACGUAAUAUUAGGAUAUUUAUUUCUACAACUGGUCAUUUCCAGUAAAAAAGACCUGGGUGUGUUAUUAAUGGGUGUUUUGGAGAAUUUAGUCAAUUUAAUGUAUUCUUUACUUAAAUGGCUGAUGGGCGCUCCGGCUGGGUUAAAAUUAAAUAAUGCUUUCAAUAAAAUGUUGGGAAAGUAUUUUUUGUACCAUGUCGAAUUAUGGUGGCUGUUUAUAGAUGUAUCUGGUGAAAAGUUGGAUGUUAUAUUGCAUUUAUAUCAAUACCUCGGUUAUUUGGGCUUCACUUUCCAAGCAGCUAUAAUAUCAGAUAUGAUCUGCUUGGCGACAUUCCACUCUUAUUGCAUAUAUGUGUAUGCAGCCAGACUUUUUAACAUACAAAUAUCAGGGCUUAAAGCCUUGUUGAGACUGUUUGUAGGAAGAAAGUAUAAUCCGCUGAGGGGUGGUAUUGAUUCCUGUGAAUAUACUAACCAAGAGUUAUUUGUGGGUACAGUGGCAUUUACAAUAUUGCUUUUGUUGUUGCCAACAACAGUUAUGUACUACAUUGUUUUUACUAUGUUUAGAGUUUUAUCUCUCGCAGUGCAGUAUGUGUUAGCAAAAAUAAUAUACACCAUACAAACUCUUCCUUUUUAUAUUAUAGUUCUUUGGGUAUCACAGUCACCUAAGUUAGCAGGAAAUAUAUUUAUUGAAGAGGUCAAAGGAAAUAAAAAUACAUCAUCAUUAAUCCUCAAAGUAAAAUUGUAUAAUAAAUCUUUUCAAGAUCUAAUGAAAAACUUCAGACCACCGGUGCAUGUGUCAAAACAAAUUGAAUGGAGUAAUAUUGUAUCAAAUAUAUUUACAGGGAAACAGAUUGUAUAAAGAUUUAUUUAAUUGUUGAAAUAAAACAUAAAGUUGCCUCGA